CAACCGUUGGUCUCGGCCGCCACCUGAGUGGAUAGACAUUGUGUUGUCUGACGGACGGUUGUCGCACCUGACUGCAUUAAUAAUCCUGUCAGACACUCCACGAUUUGCCCCCAGCCUCUGAGGUUGACGCAACGACCCUGGCGGCGUUGCAGUGUCACUCAGGCUCCGGACAUUCCAAUCCACUGACUGCUGCACCACAUUUCAAUUCGGGUCUCGAUCUUCUCGAAUCCUCGAAGACGAAAGCCUUAACACACACGCAUUCUGACUGCGCCUCAAUAACACCAGACUGUUAGGCUGUCUUAUCAGCGGCACUUCACUUUACAAAACCCUCCUGCUCGCCUUCCGCCGUGGACAUCAUCUCUCCAUCCUCCAUCUCAAUCGUCCCAAUACCAGAUCCACUUACAUCUCUACAGCCUUAUCAGCAGCGAAGUCGUCAACAUGACGGAAAUCAUGCAGCGGUCUCCUCCGCCUAUUCAGACACAGAAUAUCACGUCCAGCUCUCCUCCAACCUCGACCGGAUCUUCCCCAGUGUCUCUGUCUCGAAAGCGAUCGCAUUCUCCCUUGUCGCUCGACUUGUCCUCUCUACCGCCGCUUUCGCAGCCGUCACCGCCUUCCAACACUCUUCUGAUCACACGCCUCGAUGACCCCAAGAUCUUCCACCCUGCCUCAUUGGCCACGAUUAGACAGCACAUCAACGAGAUCGCACCGCUCAACUCGUUCUCCCCACUCAAAUCCCUCCAUCGCAUAAUCUGCUCCUUCUACGACGUAGACGGAGCAAUCAGAGUACGGCAGGAGUUUGACGGCGCCGCUGUGCUGGGUACAACUGUUGCAAAAUGCUACUUUGGGGAACCCACCCCAAUCGGGGAUGAGAAGAAAUAUCUCGAUAAACCAGACGCCGGUCGGUUAUUCUUUAUCAGUCCUCCGCCCAGCCCCCCUGUCGGCUGGGAGAUGAAACAUGAAGACCCUCCAAACAAGGAGGUUCACGCAGAGGACCUGGCAGAAAAACUGGCGAAAUUGACCGGAAAGAUGUCAACUGCCAACGAUGAGUCCUCGGACGACGAGUCCAAGAUGACGCAAUAUACGGCCGAGGCGCUGCAGCAGAAACUGAAGAUAAGCCGUGCGCAACCACAACCACACCCGUCCGGUAUUUCGGCCGAGGUGUCUCCCACUGGCUCCUCGCCCAAGAAACACCGGAGUCGUAGUUCGACGCUCAUCUACGAUCCAAAAGCCCACGGUGAUAGCCCGGCCCUCCCGGCGGUGAUGCUUGAAACCGAAGACGAUUCGGAAGUUGAGCUGGAGGAUCCAGCGAAGAAACCCAUGGCGCAUACGCCCCGGCCGCCUGUUGAAUUGAUGGAACAUUAAUAUUCUGGGAAGAGAGCCUGGCGGAAGAGCGGCCCCUGUUCCAGUCUGUCUGGCAUGGGAUGCGAACACAAAUUACGAUUAUGGACAUAUCCAGGAUUGGGAUGGAGUUUCAUGGUAAUGGGAAUGGGAAGCAUGGGUCGCCACAUUUUACUCUUGGUCUAGACCCCACUGUACAGUAGUGUUUCGCGGUUAGAGACACAAUUAAUCAAAUUAUCCAGAGAGACUCGGAACGAGCAUGAUUCUGUUCUCAUGCUACUUCCCAAGCCG